AUGCCUGGCAAUUUGGGACGGUCGUCUGGGUUGGGACGGCCAUCUCAAUUGAAUUUUUGCCUUUGGGACAACCAUUUGAAGAGUGAGACGACCUGUCUCACUUGGGACGGCCGUCCCACUUGGCCAGGGCAGCUUGGGACGGUCGUCUCACAUUUGGGACGGCUGUCUCAACUUGUUUUGGCCAGUUUUUGUGUUCUGGGACCCCCUGGAAGCUUUCCUUUCUUUAUUCGGACGUCAGUUGAUGCCGAUAGACGCCCGUUGAAGCUUUAUCUUCAUAUAGGAAGUCUUCUUUGGGUUUUAUUGAGAUACCAGGCGAGCUUUAUCUUGUUAUAG